AUGGACGACUUUCAUCAUGGCUCCCCCGAAGGCGCAGUUCCUCAAGGGGGAGCCGCCGCUCCCACGGGGUCCUCCCCGCCUUCGGUACCCACCGUUGGGGGCCUCUCCUCGGGGCCCCUUCCGCGUGGAUGUUUCCAUCGGGAGAACGCGAGUCUGCCCUUGGGGGCCCCCGCCCCCAGAGCAGCAACGCAGACUUCGAUGGUGAGCGGAGCGUCCUCCGCUACAACACCUUCUGCACAGGCUGCUAAUCAGCAGCUUGGCGGGAUCACCUCAGUGCUCUCCAUUUCAGAGGCAAGAGCUUCGGUGUACAGCUGCCGCAACGCCCCCGUAGUGUUGGUGUGCGGGUGGCCUCGGGGUCUGCGGAUUUUCUUGCAUUCGCUGCUGCAGAACGGCCUCUUCAACGUUCUCAUCCUCUGCCCCCACAGCCCGAACACGGUGGGGCCCCUAGACUUGGCCCCUUAUGCCCGCUGCUGCGCCUACAUCUGCGGAUCUGCCCUUUCCAUGACGGAUCUCCUGAGGGCAGGCGCGCUGGAGGCCACCGCCGUUGCAAUUUUCUCGUCGCCUCAAGUCUCCUGGAGGGCUGACUUGAGCAGCAGCAAACUCGACACGCAGGCCCUCCUCGUGAGACGGACAAUCCUCGCGCUGUACAAACGAGGGGGCCCCCUCCCACCCCCUCAAGGCGGACUGCCUCCGGUCCUAGAGGCUCAGGAGGGGGCCUCCAUUGGCGAGUCGAACUUGUUGCAGUAUUGCGACUUUACGAUGGCGGAGGCUCCAGAAUACGAUUCCACACCCCAUGCUCGCCCCCCUUGGCUGCGGUAA